AUGAGAGUUUUGUGUAUGUUGAUGCGUGAAAGUCAUUAUGAUCGAUCGAUUCCUGAAGAUGAGGUUAUAAUUCAACUAUCGUUUCGUGAGUUAUUACACUCAUCUAGUACGAUCAGGAGGCAUACCCAGUACUAUAUCAUUAUGCAGUUACUAUAUGGACUCAGGCGAAUUGCGAUUUUCGAUUCCGAACGCAUUAGGGAAAAAUUAGAAAUGGAUUGGACCAUCUCCAUCAAGAGAGUAUAA